CCCUCCUUGCUUCAGUAAUUCACCAGUAGGUUUUCAGUGAUUAGAGAUCUUAACAAGUUGUUAUGUUUUUAAAAAAUAAUAAAGAGAUAUAUCCUGGGAGAGAUUAAGGUGUUUUAUCAUGCCUGUGUCUUAACAAGAGAGCUAUAGCAGUGAUCUCUCUUUUAAAUCUCAAAUAGUGACAAUUAUGCUAUGACUCGAAGGAAAACAUAUUCCCAUUCUCAUCCCCAGAAUAUCAGCUGGUUACUUUGUUCUGAAGACUUUAGGUCUUGCUCCAAGAUGGGAUUAUUAAAACUUGCACUUGGACCUCAGUGCGUUGGCAGGUUGAUGCUUCUGCUGAUGCAGGAACUACAACCUGCCAUGAUGAAGAUACAACUGAGAUGUUCCCAGCCCAACAAACAGCAUGUAGAAAAGAAAGAAAGAAAAAAAAGAAAAAGGCUUAUGAUAUGGAGAUAUGCAAACAUCUGUAAAAUAAUUUUGCAUAUAGGUUAUGCUCAUAUGUUUGAUGGUUUUUUUCAGGUUUGUAAGCGUUUAAAAAUAAUUCUUCUGCCAACUCUUUAUGCUACUCCCAUCAGAAGUAAGAGGGUGCAUUGCAUCCAAGAGCAAAAUCAUAAAAUGAGUAUCAGGUGACACGACCCGUCAGCGAAUUAAAUUCAAUGAUGACAGAGUGUGCAAGAGCCACCUUCUCAACUGCUGCCCUCAUGAUGUGCUGUCUGGAACUAGAAUGGACCUUGGAGAAUGUCUGAAGGUGCAUGAUCUGGCAUUAAGGGCAGACUAUGAAAUAGCAUCCAAAGAUCAAGAUUUCUUCUUUGAGCUUGAUGCAAUGGACCACUUGCAGUCAUUCAUUGCAGACUGUGACAGGAGAACAGAAGUGGCUAAGAAAAGACUAGCAGAAACCCAAGAAGAGAUCAGUGCUGAAGUUGCAGCUAAAGCUGAAAGAGUUCAUGAAUUGAAUGAAGAAAUUGGGAAACUGCUGGCCAAAGUAGAACAGCUUGGAGCUGAUGGCAAUGUGGAAGAAUCUCAAAAAGUAAUGGAUGAAGUGGAGAAGGCUCGGGUAAAGAAGAGAGAAGCAGAAGAAGUAUACAGGAAUUCUAUGCCUGCCUCCAGCUUUCAGCAGCAGAAGCUACGCGUUUGUGAAGUGUGUUCAGCUUAUCUUGGUCUUCAUGACAAUGAUCGGCGACUUGCUGACCACUUUGGAGGAAAACUUCAUUUAGGAUUUAUUGAAAUAAGAGAGAAGCUUGAGGAACUCAGGAGGAUUGUGGCUGAUAAACAGGAGAAACGAAAUCAGGAACGCCUGAAACGUAGAGAGGAGAGGGAAAGAGAAGAAAGGGAGAAGCUGAGGAGGUCCAGAUCCCACAGCAAGCAUACCAAAAGAUCUAGGUCCCGAGAUCGCCGCAGACAUCGGUCUCGCUCAGCCUCCCGGGAACGAAAGCGAAGAACUCGCUCCAAAUCCCGGGAGAAGCGCCACCGCCACAGGUCUCGCUCUACCAGCCGCAGCCGGAGUCGCAGCCAUCAUAGGAGCAGACAUAGUUCCAGGGAGAGAAGCCGAGAACGCAGCUCCAAAAAGAGAUCCUCAAAAGAAAGAUCUUCCAGAGAUAAAGAACGUUCAAGAGACCGUGAUAGAACAUCACGUGAUAAAGAUAGAAGCUCAAGAGAGAGGUCACCGCGCGAUUUCAAGGACAAGAAACGUUCCUACGAAAGUGCUAAUGGCCGAUCAGAAGACCCGAGGAGCUCUGAGGAGCGUGAAGCAGGGGAGAUAUAACUGGCUGUAUAUUCACCUGAUCUCUAGCUUCCUAUGGAGUUGCAUACUAUGGUUUAGUUUACAGUUGUUCAAAGGGACACCAGUGAGCAGUUCCAGACACUGAUCCAACUAGGGUAGAUGUACAGUAUAUAAAAGUGGUUAUAACCAAGUCAGAAUUAAACCCCAUCAAUUAAUGAUGCCUAAAGCUGGGUCCUGGACUUCCACCAAGUUGUAAAACUUUUCUGAAAGAUUUCUCUUUAUUCAGGACAACAGUUUUAUGUACCAAGAUGCAGAUCUCAAUGUUUUUAAUCUCCUUUCCAAUACAAGUUAGUGAACAAAUUAUGUCGUACUACUUGCCUUGGGUGCUUUUGAACCUUUAUAAAUUCUCCAAUUCUGCUCCAGUCAAAACAGCAGCAUUGAAAAGUUGUAUUUUGGGGGAUUUUUUCGUUUGCUUUUUUGUAAGAGGGUGGGUGGAUGGAUGUUAACUUUUACUCUAAGGUUAUGGUCCCAGUGAUUUUGUUUUGUUUUUUGUUUGGGAACCUAGGAGUUGAUUACAGUGGGAGCAUUUAGACAGGAAUGUGUGCUGGAGAAAGCGGAAAUGUCUUUUUACAGUGCCUAUUUAGAUUUGGAAAUUGAACAGCUGUUGCAUUACAUCUUUUUUUUUAUUUCUACUUAAAUUUUGAAAUCAAAGCCAGUCCCAUAUCUGUACCAUUUGAUUGGUAUGUGUUCAAUAUAUUUGUUUUUUUCCAUAA